GCACCAACCUCAGCCCCGCCUCCACGCCCUAAGCCGCGUCAGACCCUCUGGCACCAAUCACAAGCCGACUCAACAUGCACACCAUCUCCUCGUCCUUCCUCGCCAGGUCGAUGUCUUCACGGUGCUCUCGUCCUCACGCUCUACGCUUGGCACCACCUCUUCACGCAUUCAAGACGACGUCUUGCCUCAACUGAUCUCCUUUUUCACAUCCGAAAUCUGGGAUCGUCCGAAGGGGUAUUGCCAACCCCGGACACGAUUGCUCUUAACCCCUUGCUUUCUGUAAAAGCACUCUUCUUAUUUUCUUUAGGUGGAUUCCUCUACCUCGACGAAGUGCUCAACCUGCGUCAGUUCAAGGGCGUCUCGGAGGAAGAAGUGAUAACGGUGGUGGAGAAGAACAACAAGCAGCGUUUCGAACUUCGCAGCGACCCAAAUAACCCGUCUAGGACCCAGAUUCGGGCAUUUCAGGGACAUUCGGUUCCACUUCGUUUGGACUUCUGCCAAAUCGCUUUUGGUAUCAGCUCUGAAGGGUGCGAAUCUUGCGCCACCCGUGGACGGUAUUGCCCAAUUGCAACUGAUUUCCUUUGUCCCUUUUUUGGUGCAAUUCGUCAGGCAGAUAAACUUUUGCAAAAGAAAUCGAUGUCGAUUCUAGUUAGAGUUCUAUGA